UCUUAAUUUUCUAUCACGAAAAGUAAUUCGCGUUUGCGAUUUGCGACAAAACCAAAUGACUUCCUAUCGGUUCCAUAACUGGCUAGUAAAAGUAUUUCAACAACAAACGUGAUAUUUUGCACAAAGAACCAUUUUAUAAGAAGGUCAGCCAAAUAACCAAUUAGAUAUCGUAUUUCAGUGACGGCCUUGUGCGUGUUGGAAUUAACGUGAGCACGUGUUCAAUUGAUGCCACAAAACAUGCCAGUUUUUUUCUCUUAAUAAAGCGAUCAAUAAAUCCUUAAAUUGCACGGCAUGGGUACAGUUCACUAUUGCCGUUCUAAUAGAAUUAUAUUUGAAAAGACAUGUUGUUGUGCUUCUGGGAAAUAAGCGUAAAAAUCACCCGUUCAGGUUUCACGUGAACAGCAUGAAGCUCAGUCGGGGAAGUUGUGAACUUUGACCACGCAAGCUUUAAAAAGAGUAUAUUGGGAAACACGCUAGACUGCCCGUUUUGUUUUCUGUCGCUCCGUAUGUUUACGUUGUAGGAGGUGGAUUGCUGUGCUUUUUUCAUGCUAGAAGACGAAGGGAUGAAAUCUCAUCGGCCAACGCAUCAGUCUGCUCUGGUUCAUCUCGCUGCUGGAGGUGUUGGUGGUACAGCUGGGGCAAUAGUAACCUGCCCUUUGGAAGUCAUCAAAACACGACUGCAGUCUUCCUUACCGGUAUUUCGUCCUGUUGCGUACCUUCCAGGCAAUGGUGCCUUCGCUAUUGCUGUGGAAAAAGUACCUGUUGGCAUUCUGGCAUGCACAAAACAUAUCAUAAAAACAGAAGGAUUGAAGUCACUCUUCAGAGGCUUGGGUCCAAAUCUGGUUGGUGUCGCUCCUUCAAGGGCAAUCUACUUCACGGCAUAUGCAAAAACGAAAAAUCUUCUCAACAAUUCUGGCCUGGUCCGACGUGACAGUAGCUAUGUUCAUAUGCUUUCUGGUCUAUCUGCAGGUGUAACAUCAACAACAUUGACAUCUCCAAUAUGGGUUGUAAAGACGAGACUUCAGCUGGACAGUAGCGUUGUAAAAAGAUUUGGUAUCGUCGAAUCCAUCAGAGAAAUAUACCGAAAGGAUGGUCUGAGAGGUUUUUAUCGGGGUCUUUCCGCGUCGUAUUUUGGCGUCACGGAGACGGUCAUCCACCUGGUGAUUUACGAGCACAUCAAGGCAAAGAUUAAUGGAAUACGUGGUAUAAGCAAAGAUUUGGGAAACAGACCGCGUAUUGAGAACUUUAUCGAGUACAUGCUUGCAGCUGGGAUAUCCAAAAGCAUUGCGUGUACCUUGACCUACCCUCACGAGGUGGUCAGGACCAGAUUAAGACAGUACGAGCUUGAUGGUCAUAGAAAGUAUCAUUCGUUUGUACAAACCUUGGUUAAGGUCGGAGCAGAGGAAGGUGCCAGUGGUCUGUACCGUGGACUAACCACGCAGUUAUUUCGACAGAUUCCAAAUACGGGAAUUAUUUUCCUAACAUAUGAAAUUAUUCUCAGCUGUUUCGAAAGCUAAAUACAGCAUGUGGUAUACAUAUAUAUAUUUAUAUUGAAAUUAUUUGUGUAGAUGAUGUAAAUAUUAGUCAGCCGCAUAGGGAACGAGUUUUGCUUUCUGGAGCACGCAUUUUCUCGUUUUGAGCACGUUUUGGAAAACGCGUGCUCUCAAAGCAAAGCUCCUUUCCUAAUGACAUUGGGACGUUUUGGAACGUUGAUGUAUAAAACUAUAGAUAUUGUAUGUUGCAGAUGAUGAAAUCAUGUAUAUAUUUUUGACAAAAUUUUUUGUACAGUUUAUCAUAGUAGUUUAAUGUGAAAAGAUUAAUAAAGUAU